GUCCCAAAGACUGCUAGUGACUUUCACCAUCUAAUUUUUUUUUGGAGACUGUUAGGUUCUUAUACGCAAUGAAUUCUUCCAUCAGUAGAGUAGUCUUAGUGGAUAUUCUUAUCUUAGAUUUCCGAUUUUAGGAAAUUACGUUUCAAAAUGUAAUUUGUAAUUUUGGAUUUGCUCUCUCGGUAUUGUCGAGGAGUCACUUCAUCCUUAUAUUUUUCAUAUUUCAUUUAUUGAAGUUUAUUUUAUGAUUAAUAAAAAAAAAUUAUGCCACAUUUUAUUUUUGAGAUUGAAAGAAAAUUUUCUUUUGAAAUUUCCAGCAAAGGAAUGAAAACGAUAUCAAGGAAGUCCAAAAGAACUAGAUACAGUGACAGUGAUUUUGAAGACCAUGAUGAUUUGGAAAAUGGGAACCUAAUGAUGGAAGAAGAAACAAGUAAUGAGGAUGAUGAUGAUCAAGAGGUAGAGGAGGAAGACGACAUGGAAGAAUUAAAUGAGGAAGAUGGAAGUGAAGGAGAGGAUGAUUUGGAGGAUGAUAACAGUAAAGAUAAUGAAAUGGAAGACCUUGAGAAAGACUACAAGAAUCUUCGUAAUCAAGAGCUAGAUAUAUUGAAGAACCUCACACGCCAUAAGGAGGAAGAUCUUCUUAAAGGUCAAGCAGUCAAGAACCAAAAGGCUCUAUGGGACAAAAUUCUUGAGUUUAGGUUCUUACUUCAAAAAGCAUUUUCAGCUUCAAAUAGAUUGCCACAGAAUCCAGUUAGGUCUUCUUUUUGUGAUUCAGAUGAAGGAGUUGGGUCAGCUUAUGCUGAUUUGAUUUCCUCUUCCAAUAAGACUUUGGAAUCUUUGCUGGGAUUACAAGAGGCUUUACUUGAAAAGAAUCCAUCUAUUUCUCAGUCUUCCGAUGUUUCUUCUGGCAAGAAGCAUGCACAAGAUUCUAAGAAAUCAGAUGCAGAAAGCGAGAAAGAGUGGUUACAAAUUUCCGAAAUGCACAUGAGAAUAGUCUCUUUUCGGGACAAAUCAAUUGAUAAAUGGCAGAGAAAGACGCGUGUGACAACUGGUGCUGCUGCUAUUAAAAGCAAAUUGCAAGCCUUUAACCAGGAUAUUAGUGCACAAGUUGCUUCUUAUAUGAGGGAUGUAAGUAGAAUGACGAAGCAAAUGCAGCUAAGCAGAUCAGCAGUUAGCGUAUUUGGAACAGUUCUUGAGAAGCCAGAGAUUAGAAAUGGAGAGGAAUCAAUCCCUGAUGGAGAUCCUGAACUUCUUGACGAUUCUGAAUUUUAUCAGCAAUUGCUAAAGGAAUUCUUCGAGACAAUUGACCCCUCAUCUGCUGAGAUGGCUUUCUAUGCUAUGAAAAAACUGCGAACUAAAAAGAGAAAAAUUGUUGAUAGGCGUGCCUCUAAGAGUCGCAAGAUCAGGUACAAUGUUCACGAUAAGAUUGUUAGUUUCAUGGCUCCUCGACCCAUGAACCUUCCUCCUACAGCACCCAAGUUAUUUGAGAAUUUGUUUGGACUCAAGACCCAAGAGCCAGCUUCUGCAGUGUAGUUUUGCGCCAAGCUACUGUUAGAGUAUGUGGUCUAAGUUUUGAAUUACAAAUUUAUGUAAUGUAUUCAUUUAAGUUAAAAAGAUAAUCAAUACUAGUUCCCUAUUGUAUCAGAAAUGUAACAUUCUUUUUAAUUUUAUAAUCAAAGAUGCGCAAUUGUGUAA